AUGCCGCUGGGAAAGUGGGCAGCUUUGGUGGCCAUGGCCGUGGUGAUGGAGACCACGGCUGCUUUCCCCUCCUCACUGCUGAUUAAGAACGAAGACGACAGCAUAACAUGGAGCUGCUCCGGUUCCCCUGGAGAACAAGUGGAGUGGAAGUGGAAUGGCAACAGGCUGAAGGACUCGGGCCAAGAGCUCGUCAUUAACAACCUGGACAUCCCUUAUACCGGAAACUAUUCCUGCUGGGCCGGACCCCGGCUGCUCCAAAGCUUCUACGUGGUCAUGCGGAUGAAACAUACCUACUUUUUCAAGACGGAAGGAACAAAGGAAGAACCGGCCAUUACCUGCUGGGCUCCGUCCUACAAUGGCACCUUGAACUGUUCCUGGAACUCUCAGAACGCGGCGAUUUUUCUGGCCCGCCUGAAACACCAGGACACAGAGGCUGAGCUGUGCUCCACGGAGGUGGCUCUCCCUGGGAACAGCAGGGUGCAGGUCCAGUUAAAGAAUUGUUCCUUCUGUUCUUACGCCGAAGAAACGCCCGUCACGCCCCUCGUCCUGGUGCUGAAGGGGCUUUCUCGAGAUGGCGGCUACAGCGAAGUGGAGAAGACCUUCUUCUUGUGGGAUGUCGUGAAGCCUGACGCUCCUGCCUACCUGAAUAUCACAGGGCGGAAGGUGUCCUGGGCUCCCCCUGCCUCCUGGGACCUGCCCACCACCUACUUCCCCUUGCAGUACAGCCUUCGGCUGGAGUCAGCUUCCGGCAGACACGAGAACUUUCUCCUCGAGCUGAUCACAGAACAGAAGUGGCACAAGGCGCAGAUCCGCUGCCAGGACCCUUUGAUCCAGUCGUCUUGGAGCUCUUGGCAGGAAUGGAAGAAAUGAGGACA